GUCUAGUGAUUGCGUGCGAACCGGACUUUAGCACAAGAAGGGGGGCGCUUAAGCGCGCAUGCUGCGUGAUGGUGCAUCAGCAAUGCGUGCGAGCUCACACGUACGCGCGUGCGUGCGUGUGGCUGAAUUGAGUUCACGAUUACGACUCUCGGUGAUAAGGCGCAAUCUGACAAGCUUGUGGUGUGUGUGUGUGUGCGUGUGUGUGUGUGUGUGUGCGUGUGUGUGCGUGCGUGCGUGCGUGCGUGCGUGCGUGCGUGCGUGUGCGUGUGUGUGUGUGUGCGUGUGUGUGUGUGUGUGUGUGCGCGUGUGUGUGUGUGUGUCAAUGACGCGGCUCAUGGAUGUGGUGAUGCCUAGCUGCCUCCGACUGCCCAUGCAACGUCCAUGUGACUCUGACUGCGCUUUCACCUUCUACCAGUUUCUUCCUUCGUGAUGAGAAUGGAGAAGCUAUCAUGCUGAGGUGCUGCUGCGACGCAACUCAAUAUAAGUCCACUGGUACCCCACUCCCGUAAGCUGAACGGCUGCGCGCUUGGCUUG